AAAGUGAGCCUUCACUUUUAGAAUUCAAACCAUUCAGCAGUGGAUCCUUGGUUGGUGGAUUUGUCUACCGAGGCUGCCAGUCUGAAAGACUCUAUGGAAGUUAUGUAUUUGGAGACCGCAAUGGAAAUUUUUUAACACUGCAACAGAGUCCUGCAACCAAACAGUGGCAAGAGAAACCGCUCUGUCUUGGCAACACUGGUUCAUGUAGAGGUUUCUUUUCAGGCCCUGUCUUGGGAUUUGGUGAAGAUGAAUUAGGUGAGAUUUACAUAUUGUCAAGCAGUAAAAGUAUGACACAGCCUCACAGUGGAAAACUCUACAAGAUCAUUGACCCAAAAAGGCCUUUAGUCCCUGAAGAAUGCAAAAGAACGGCUCAGUCUGCACAGAUACUGACAUCUGAAUGCUCAAGGCAUUGUCGGAAUGGGCACUGCACUCCCACAGGAAAAUGCUGCUGUAAUCAAGGCUGGGAAGGAGAGUUCUGCAGAACUGCAAAAUGUGACCCAGCCUGUCGACAUGGAGGUGUCUGUGUAAGGCCUAAUAAAUGCCUGUGUAAAAAAGGCUAUCUCGGCCCCCAGUGUGAACAAGUGGAUAGAAACAUCCGAAGAGUGACAAGGGCAGGUAUUCUUGAUCAGAUCCUAGACAUGACAUCCUAUUUGCUGGAUCUAACCAGCUAUAUUGUAUAGUUUCUGGGACUAUUUGGAAACUACACUUUCAACGGGCAUUUGUUUUGAAUCCUGUCAUUUUUAAAAGACUGUUAUCCUGCAACAAAUACCGGUGAUUUGAUCUACUUUAUUAAUUUAAUUAUAAUAUCCACAAAUGUGCAGAUAAAUUCUCUGUAUGUGUGUAAAUAUUUCCGUACGCCUCCACAGACGUACCGAUAUCCAAUACGUGCACACAUACAUACGCACGCACUAUCACAAAUAUGGUUUUACAGCUGGUGGAAUUUUUUUUUAUAUUUAUUUCUUCAUGAGAAAUAGUUUACAAAGUAAUUCCACUGUAAACCACAUUUUUGUCAAAGGACUUUUGUGAUGUCUUAAUGGAUUCUUUGGCAUCCCAGAAAUCUCGUGUCUGUACCUAUCUGAUUAUAGCAAUAAGAGAGCAGUUUCCAAACAUGGCUGUAUAAACUGCUGGACUUAAUAAAAUCCAGUUGUAACAGUUUCUAAGGUGAACUGAACUACAUCAUGAGACGAUAUUUCAGAACUCCUUAAUGCAUUCCUAUCUAGGCAAUUCAUUGUAAGACUGUAACCUUCACCUUCAUCAAUGUAACUCUAUUACAGAAUGUUACGCAUUUCUUUAUCUAGCAUAGAUGCAAAAAUCUGGUUAUCGCAGCUUAAUAUCAAGAUUGUUUCAAGUGUUUAAUAAUUAAAUUAUAUUCGCAUAUUUCAAAACCAGUCAUCCUAGAAGGUCUGCUUUUUAUCAUAUAUUUUAUUUAACGAUGGGCACUGGGUUCAUGUUACAUAUUUAUAUUAUUUUAUUUUAUUUUUAUAAUAUAGACAUCACCUAGAUGAGACAGCUUUACCAUGUCCUGUAAAAUACUAAAGUUACAUUUUUCACCAACUUAAUUGGAAAGACGGGGAAAGAGAGAGCAAACACACUCUUUAAUGUGUUGUGGAUCUAAUCUAGAAAUGUAUCCUUGUGUCAACUUGUACUCAUUUACGA